GAAGGCAAGGCUAAGGAUCUCGGAAAGGCGCGCGCAUUCACGCGCCCGACGGCCAGGAGGAGGAGCGGCGCCGGCUGUUUGCUGGAGGAAACGGAAUCCGGAGCGGCAGGAAAAACCGGAGCUGGAUCGCAGAGAGAAGUAAGGAGGAGCCGGGCGGAGCAGCUCGGCCAUGUAGAAGACGGAGAGCUGGUACAGGCUUCGGGCGCAGAAGCUGUGUUUAAAAGCCCGGUUUGUUUAGCGUUCCAACGGUGUUUUUUUUUUUUUUUUUUUUUUUUUUUUCUUUUUUGUCGUUUGGCAUCCACUCCCCGCGUGGCCGCCAAAGCCCGGCGGAGAAGUUGGUGUCGCUGCGGAGUUCGGCGCUUUUGUCCAGUUCGAACUCGGCUUGUUUUUCCAUCUCGGUGUCUAGUUCGUUUGCGCGCCGCGUUCCGCCGACACACCACUGCUCAUCUGGGGCGAAGCGCUGUGUGGAUGGUAGAGCAGAGCGCCGCUAGCUGCCCCGGACGCACCGGCGGACAUGGAGCGCCGCUGAGCGGGCCUCUGGCUCUCUGACUUCGAGAGCGGCGGCCGGAGUUCAGCCAUGGCGGACAUGGAGCGGGGCUCGGGCAGCCUGCGGGGUAACAGCGAGAGUCAGAGCCUGGCGGAUGGCGAGAGCUCCUUCGGCUCCGACUCGGAGAGUAACGGCUUCGGUACCGCCGACAAGUACGGCUUCAUCGGCGGAUCCCAGCAGAGCGCCGACGGGGAACAAGAGAUCCCCCCAGAGGUGCUCCGGCAGAGGGAGCUAAAAUGGCUGGACAUGCUAAAAAAUUGGGACAAGUGGAUGCUCAGGAAACACAAAAAGGUGAAGCUGCGAUGUCAGAAGGGGAUUCCACCCUCACUGCGAGGCCGUGCCUGGCUCUACCUGUCAGGGGCAAAAGUGAAAAAAGAACAGAACAAGGAAAAGUUUCAGGAGCUGGAUGCUCAGCCUGGGGACCCCAAAUGGAUGGAUGUAAUUGAGAAAGAUCUGCAUCGACAGUUCCCCUUCCAUGAGAUGUUUGUGGCCCGUGGGGGCCAUGGGCAACAGGAUCUGUACCGUGUUCUGAAGGCCUACACCUUGUACCGGCCGGAUGAGGGCUACUGCCAGGCCCAGGCACCCAUUGCUGCAGUGCUGCUUAUGCACAUGCCCGCUGAGGAUGCCUUCUGGGGCCUUGUUCAGAUCUGCGAGAAGUAUCUUCCAGGAUACUAUAGUGCAGGCCUGGAGGCAAUCCAGCUGGAUGGAGAGAUCCUGUUUUCCCUGCUGAGGCGUGUUUCACCCGUGGCCCACCGACACCUGGGCAAGCACGAGAUCAACCCUGUUCUCUACAUGACCGAGUGGUUCAUGUGCGCCUUCUCCCGCACCCUGCCCUGGGCGUCUGUUCUGCGUGUCUGGGACAUGUUCUUUUGUGAAGGUGUGAAGAUCAUUUUCCGAGUUGGCCUGGUCCUGCUGAAAUGCAUGCUGGGAUCGCAAGAGAAGCUGAAGGACUGCCAGGGGCAGUACGAGACAAUAGAGAGACUGCGUGCCUUGGAGUCUCAGUACAUGCAAGAGGGCUUCCUCGUACGGGAGAUGCUUGAAGUGCCAAUAUCAGAGCAUGACAUUGAGAAGGAGCACAACAAACAGCUAAAGCGGUGGAAGGAGACCCGCGGUGAGCUGACGUACAAGUCCCCUCCCAGGAUGCACGGUGCCAAGGCCAUCAUGGAAGCCGAGCCACCAAGUCACCAGGACCUGAGGCAGGCCCCUACCAUCAUCCUGAAUUUGCCCUUGGAGCAGAACUCCUCCACAGAGCAACCUGAAAAUACUGAGGACAACAAGGAUAAAAAGUCCAAGGACAGGAGGGAGAGUAAAAAGUCCAAGGAAGACAAGAAACAGAAACUGAAUAAGAAAAAGAGUGCAAAGAAUAGGAAGGUUUCAAAGGAAAUCCCCAAUCCUUAUGCCUUACCUAGUGACCCAAUGCCCCUCCUCACAGACUCUCCCCUCCACGAGUCCAACCAGAGCCUUAGUAGCACGGAGCAGGACACCUACCUGUAGCUGACACCCUCCCCAACCCCCCUCGUGUUGGGACAUGGAAGUGCAAUCUAAAAGCUCCAGUGCAACAGUCAGAGGUUUGCUGUUUGUUCCAGCAUGUCAUGCUGUUUUCAUGUAUUUCAUCACAGGAAUGCUGGCAUCAACACUUGUAAGUUGAACAAAAUUUUUGCCAACUGACUUCUAUACCUUUGAUAGUGCCAAUAGGUAAACAAGCCUCGUUUGGGCCAUCACAUGGCAGAGUUCUGCAAAAUUUUUAUCACCAUUGUCUGUCUAUUCCUAUUGCCAAUGGAACAUGACCAGUAAUUAUCAUUCCAAAAAGGCCCCACAGCCUCCACAUUAAAGUGGAGAUGACCUUUUUCAAUAUAUAUGUAAAACAGAAUAUAUACAUACUUUCCAUAAUGCGUGCACUGCUAUGGACAAGCUACGCAGAGAGCAGACCACUUUAACCAGGAACAUUUAAAGCCGCGGUGCCAGACAUCAGUCUUUAAACACCUCUACAAUAUACAUUCUUUUUUAACAUCCAAACAUAACCAACAGCUGAAUUGCAAUGGGCGUUUGUUGCAGAGAAGAGAAAAUGUAAAAUAAAUUGAUAUCCGAGAGCUUACUAGGUUAAGCACAGUGUCAGAUGUGCAUUCUUGUUUUCCCAUCCUGCUGCAAUAAGUGCAAUGUUUGCCUAUAAAAGGAGAAAUCCUACAUGUGCACAAUGUAAAUUUCUCCUAGCUGCAAAGGGUGUGGUGAGCAUUGUAGAAAUGUGUGUGUGAGGCUGCUAUUGGAUAGCUGUCCACAAGAGUUCUCCAAAAGGCCUGUCUGCACCAGGACCUCUUCAGGGUGGAGUUGUUGGUUGCUCUUUUUUGCGGACCAUGCGUUUGCACCAUGGAUGGAUGGAAUAAUGGAAUGGGCGGAGACCAUGAAAUGGAAGUGAUUCAUUUCCCACCAGUGGUUCCUGCUGUGCUGUGUUCAAGCCAGUGAGAACCAGAUAUAUGCAAGUUGGUGGAACAUUUACGAAUUUGAAAGAAAAAGUUGACAUCUCAUGUAAUACACUUUUUCUUCAGUUCAAAAUGUUGAAAUUUAAAAUGUUUAUGUAUGAGUUUGGUGCAAUGGCCUUUUGAUGCAAAUGACUUUUUUUUCCACAUUCCAGUACAAGUCCUACCCAGUAAAGAUGCUGAAGAAAUGCUGUGUAUAGAAUAACUGGGAUCAAGAAUUUUUUUCUAGAAUGCAAUAUUGUUACAUUGACUGGCCUUUGCUUUGUCAUUUGACUGUUUAAAAAAUGACUAAUAUAGUUUUGCUCUAAACUGGAAGCCAAGAUUUGUAUGACACUAUAGAUUUAUACAUUAAAGAAGCACUUAUUGGAAGCUUCAUCAGAGAUGUAUUUUUGCAUAGAAUUUGAACACUUUUUAAUAUCCUUAUAGCUUUUUAAGAUCCACCUGUGAUUUUACACUUGUGAUGUGACACAUUGGUAACGUCACAUAACUAUUACAAUUGCUGAGGGUUUGGUUCAGACUUUGGUAAAUGUAAAAUUAUAUUUUGAGUAAAGCCAUGUUUUUAUGAACUUAUUGUGCAGUUGUGGUGCCCCUGUCUAUGGUGUUUUUUGUUUCUGGUGAGCUCUUAAGCUAGAUCUGUUGACUGAACGCAUGGACCGUUAUGUUAAUGUUAAACUUUUAACUAAA